AUUCAGACCAGAGGAUAGUUUUGGAUUAACCAUGGCUUGUAUUGUGGAUCUGCUUAAAGUUAAGAAGUUUCUACUUCUCUUUGUUCUUCUGCAGUUGAUUGCCUUUACAAUUGCUGGAAAGUUAAACUAUGGCAAAUACGGAGACUAUUAUGGGGAUGACGAGGAUAUGGAGGGAUGGGAAGGUAGUGGAGGAUACCCACACUAUCCCCCAAUGGACUAUGGAUGGUCUCAUGGCUAUGCCCCAGUUCCAAAGCCACUUCCCAAUCCAAUUCCAAACCAACAUUACAAUUUAAUUGUUUACCCAGAUCACUCCGGAAAUUCCUAUGGUGGCGGUUAUGCAGAUAUGCUUUCCAAAUGGGCACGCACAACGUUCUUUAGAGUUCUCAACGUGUUUUAUUAAUCAGCAAAAAAAUAUUCUGUCAAGCAAAAUUAUAAUAAAAAAAUAUUUUCGAGUUCAAGAAGAAAAAUGUUUGUUCUC